UAAUUGUUUUCUUGUUUAGCGUUAUUGUUAUAUUGUAGGAAUGACAAUGACGCUCGUGUGGUUGUUUUGUGCAUUUGCCUUGAUGGUUGGAGGGAUAUUGGGAUUUGACCACACAGACUGGCGUUUCGUAACAACCAGUUACAAAGGAGAGAAGGUCAAUGGGGUCGUAGGUCUCAAUCGGCGCAGUAUGUUGAUGAUACCCGAUCCAGUGGAUAAAGCAAGCAAAUGCAACCGAAGAACAAUUAACCAGCACGACUUUGAGAAGCGCUUGGUAGCCAUGAAGGAUCCAGUAACACGGGAAUGUCUGGUGAAGCCACUCGGGAAGAAGGAGACCUAUGCAUACACGAAGAAGGCCCUGGACAGUGGGAGUGAAUUUGUCCAGACGUUGGAGCAUUGGGAUGUCCCGAAGAAUCCACUGGCAAAAGAUAAAGUGAAGAGAAAGAUUGGAUCUUUCUUGGAUGACUUCUGUAGCGACUCCAAUGUUUUCUUGCUGAAAUCACUUAAGCGAGCUAAGAAGGUAGUGAAACGUAGCUGGUGUGUUCUUUGUCUUUGGUGUCAAAAUAAAGGCUAAAAAGGCUCAUUAUGCACUCAUGUUUUUUCAGAACCAACAGCAAUGUGGUGCUCUGGAAUUUGCUAAUAGGAGUCAUACAAGCGGAGCAUAGUAAAUAUUUAAAAAUCCUAAUGCUUGUAGUGUUUUAGCAUAAUGAUGUGCAAUAAAAAAUAUUU